UAGACGCGUUGCUGUCGUCUUGCGAGCGUAGGCAAAGCGAGUGCGCCAUGAGCAGUGAAGGUGGACUGGCCAACAGUUGUGAUGAAUAGUGUGCCACUAGUUUUCUGACCAUUGCACGGCUUUGGCAAGGAAAUCAAUUUCGGAAACCACGCGUAAAAUCCGGUGCCGCGUUCCGGAAUUGCCGUUGUAUCCUUCGAGUGUCGUCAAUUCAACCGAAGCGUGGCACGCUCGCUCGGCGGUCACUACAGCAUUUUUAUGGAGUCGAGAAAGGCCAAAAAUGCAAAAACAAUCGAAAUCAAUGAGCCAAGUCAACCUGGCGAUGCUGCACCGGCUGACUUCGAGACAGCAAUUGCGGCCACCGGCUACGGGCGCUUCAACUGCAUCCUGCUGCUCAUAGCGAUGCCGUGCUGCAUGACGACGGUUUUCGAGACUACCACCAUGUCUUACGUUUUGCCCAGUGCCGAGUGCGACUUGAACCUAUCGUUGGCCGACAAGGGCAUGCUGAACGCCAUCACCUACGGCGGUAUGAUAUCAUCCGCCUUCCUGUGGGGCUUUCUGUCCGAUACCUACGGACGCAAGCGGCUACUUGUCGUGGGCUUUCUGCUGGACAGCACCUUCAACGUGCUGUGUGCGCUCAGCCAAAACAUGGUGACCAUAAUGGUUUUCAAAUUCAUGGGCGGCUUUGUCAUCUGUGGACCAUUUGCCGUCCUAAUGGCGUAUCUGUCCGAGUUUCACAGCUUGCAGCACCGUUCGCGAGUGAUGAUAGUCCUCGGAGUGUUCUACAGCGCUGCCAACAUGCUUCUCCCUGCCCUGGCCUGGAUAAUCAUCCCGCAGUCAUGGAAUCUUGUCAUUGUAAAUGGGUUUCUCGAGAUUCACUCGUGGCAAAUCUUUCUGGCCGUGAGCUGUUUGCCGGGAGUGCUGAGUGGUACUUGCGUCCUGUUUCUUCCCGAAAGCCCCAAAUUCCUCAUGUCAAAGGGUCAGAACGAGCAGGCGUUGAACGUCUUCCGGUGGUUACACGCCAUCAACACCGGAGGUAGGCAGGACUUUCCGAUUAAAGAGCUGGAAGAUGAAGUUCAACAACGCCCGAUGGUCAGGGGUAACGUGGAAUCGGAUGGUACGGGCAAGCAAACAACUUCAAAAACUGGCCACCCUCCAUCAUCCUCCGGUUUGGCGGAGGGUUUUCGUCAGCUGGCGGUAAUGUUCCGCAAGCCACAUCUGAGGAAUGGGUGCCUGGUGUACGGCAUUCAGUUUGGCAUCUUGCUCGGGUUGAACACUUUCCGCCUGUGGGUGCCGCAGCUUUUCACUAUCAUGGAAGAGUACGAGCAGGAGCAGCAGCAACUUAUCAGCGAUGCGGCAUCAUCACCGUUGAAUCAGGCCUCGCUGUGCGAGAUGUUAGCGUAUAAGGUCAACAAAACGGAGCAGAUGCAGCACCAAUGGAUGGAUCGUGAUGUAAGCAAGGUGCUACUCGGACCGGACCCCGUCGGCAUGGAGCCUCUCGAAGAAAUCUUAAGCUGCACAGCGACCACUGAGGGCCGUGUCUAUCUUUACUCAUUAAUCAUCGGGGGCAUCGGCGUCGCAGCGUACGCCGUUACGACACUCAUGAUUAAUUCCAUCGGCAAUCGGAACAUUCUCGUUUAUGGGCUGCUGCUGGCAGGAUUCUGUGGAACCGCACUGUACUGGGCACGUAGCUCGCUAGUGACACUAUUGCUAUCAGCAGGCUACAUCACUAUUUGCAGCAUAGCAUCGACUGCCCUGGUCGGGUCCGUGGUGGCCAUGUUUCCCACAUCGAUGAGAACGAUGGUGGUCUCGCUGACGAUGAUGUUCGGUCGCACCGGUUCCAUAAUCGGAAAUGUCGUUUUUCCCUAUUUAAUGGCGCUCGGGUGCCUACCUCCCUUCAUCAUGAUAGGUGCCAGCGUGUUGACUGUCGCCCUGAUCUCGCGGUUGCUGCCACGGACAGUGAGGAAACCCCUUCAGUGAAUAACCAACACGUCAGGAAGUCAUGCUGUAAAUUUUUGAUCAAUUACCAACAUUCAUGGCAAACCAAUUUGCGAAUUAUUAAUCUUCGUUGCCAGUAGCAGUGUUUUGCUAAUACAAGCACUUUAAUGCGGAAUAAAUCUUUUUUCUCACCGUCAA